UGGAAUAGGAUCCCAAAUGCGGAACUUGACGUAUGACGUUUGCUUGUUAUGAUAUUUUCUAAACACAACUCGGUCACUGUUUCCACGUGAUACACCGACGCAAGGUUCAGUCUGCGUCUUCCCUUCCACACAGCCUGAUGCAGGGGGAUCCAUCAUGGCGUCGAUGCAGAAAAGGCUACAGAAGGAACUAUUAGCUCUGCAAAAUGAUCCACCCCCUGGCAUGACAUUAAACGAGAAGAGUGUUCAGAAUACUAUUACACAGUGGAUUGUAGACAUGGAAGGAGCCACCGGUACUCUUUAUGAAGGCGAAAAGUUCCAGCUGCUUUUCAAAUUUAGUAGUCGAUAUCCCUUUGACUCACCUCAGGUCAUGUUUACUGGGGAGAAUAUACCUGUCCAUCCUCAUGUUUAUAGCAACGGCCACAUCUGUCUCUCCAUUUUAACAGAAGACUGGUCACCCGCUCUCUCGGUACAGUCCGUCUGUCUAAGCAUUAUUAGCAUGCUUUCCAGCUGCAAAGAGAAGAGACGACCUCCAGAUAACUCCUUUUAUGUUAGAACAUGUAACAAGAAUCCAAAGAAGACAAAAUGGUGGUAUCAUGAUGAUACAUGUUAAUGUUGAACUUUGUAAUACUCUUAGAAGAAAGAAGACCUACUGACCUACAUAAGCACUUUUUAAGAAUCAUUCAGUCUCUGAACUGUAACCUUUGAACUGUAACCUUUGACUGGAACUAUGGACACAUGCGCUGGAGAUUCUCCUGACUGCAACCCCAAAUGGGCAGUGGGAUGCAUGUACACAGCAGGUUGUACCCGAAAUGGAUGCCCAUUCAAAGAGACGCACCUGCAGCGCUCCCCAACGCCGCCGACGAUGAUGAUGAUGAUGAUGAUGAUGAGAAUGAUGAUGAUGAUGAUUUGACAGGGGGAUAUUGGGGAUGGGUUGGACACAAUAGUUAUGCAGGAAUCUGGAGGAUUUGUAGUGAGGGUUAUUCCUUAUACCAUUUGAGAAUCUUUCUCUGCUGUCUCUGGUUUUGUUUUCUGUUGGUACAGUUUAAGGUCCUCAUGUGUUGUGCAAUAACAAGGAUGGGAUGCAUGCUUGGGCUGAAGAGGAGGAACUCUAAAUCCAAAUCUAAUUUAGUUUAUCUGGAACGGAUUGGACUAUCUUAACCCCAAGCAGUUGCGACAUCUUUUUAUUGUCCUCUUUUCCUCAAAACAAUAUGCACUGUGAAUAUCUAUGGUGGUACAAUUCCAUGUUAUUCCAACAUGCAGUUACAUAGAAACUUCUAAUCACUUUAGUUUGGCCUAUUAAAUUGAUGUUUUUAUUUAAUCCAUAUAAUCUGGCAUGGCAUUACUUUUUCCGUUUGAUCUAUUUCCUGAAAUUGCCCAGAUUGUAAUCUUUUCUUGUUUUGUUUUUUGUUUUGUUUUAAUCUUCCAGUUGUCUCAGAAGUGAGAUGGCAAUACAAAGCUUUUGAAGGCUAUGAAACCAAGAAGACCACCUAACCAUUUUAAGAACUAAUUGUGCUUGAUUUCACACAAAGCCUGUAGGCCAAACUCCUACCAGGAUAAGUGGUUCUCUUCCCCAUACUGAUAGCCCAGACAUGUGAAUGCAGGACAAGAUCACUUCAUGGAUUUAUGAAUGUCAGCAAGAGAACUUUUUUGUGUGUUUUUGUGUUUCCAUUUUUAUUUGUAUGAUAUGUUUUAUAUUACAAUUUAUGCUUUAAUCUUCUAAGAGGUUUUUUUUGUACGUUUGCAAGCAGAUGUUUUAAAAAAAGGGUUCUUGAAGGGCAGUAAUUGGGGAGUGUUGUCUUAUUUAAUGUUUUGAAAUGUUUUAAUCUCCUGAAUCUUAGAUAGUGUAAAAGGAACUGUAAUAUGUAAAGGAUUCUUUAAAAGAGAGACUGUACGGCUUGAGUGCUAUUUCUCCUGGUCAUACUUGUCUGGCUCAGGUACUUUUUCAAGAAGAAAUCAUCUUUAGAAAAUUCCUAAAAAAGAUAUUUUGCAUUUAACUAUAUUUUCACCAAAAGGACUGUUACAUUGUUAAUAACCGUAUGUCUGAAACUGAUGUAUAUUAAUCUUCAAAUUGCGCCUAUAUCUAUAUAUAAAAUUACUUAGUUAGCAAUGAGUGCACGGUCCUUGCGUUGAUGAUAGUUGCUGAACACAUUUUAAUUUUAUUUUAGGAUUCUUUGCACUUUUUGCUAAUAAGGGGUCUGUACAGUCAUUUUUAUCAGAAUUGCUUGUCUAGUCAGAACGAUUAUUUUUUUUUGAAGCUCCAGUGACCGGAGGUGUAUGAGAAAUCGGAUGUCGGCCAUGUCAAAAGCAGUUUUGUAACAUGUCUGACUUCAAAACACUCCAUUCCCAAAGACUUGCGUUGCCAUCCAUUCAAAAAUACUUGAAUUUCCCCCCUCUGGGUUGGGUCUUUUUGUGAGAUUUCUGUCGAACUGAAUGUGUUGGCAUUGGUGAAAUGGAGCUGGUCGAGACUACUGCUUCCUUCUGCAAGUCACAAUCCAGACACUGUACAGUCACAAGCAUGUGUAUGUAACUUAAAGAGGUGGGAGAUGUGGUUGUUGUCGUAGUACUGAUUGCAGAAAGACAAUUUUUUGGAAAAAUUCUGUUGACGUUUGCUGCGAAUGGGGCCUAACCUGAAUCUAUGAGGGGUGGCAUAGUUGUAGCAUUAUUGCUUGGGCACACCAACCUCAGAUCACCAUGGAGAUUAGCAAAUAUAUAAUAGAAUUCAUUAUUAAAGUAUGUGGGCUUGGGUGUCUCUUUUUAAUGUUUUACUUUGUUUUUCUUUAGUGACUUUUUUUCAUAACUUUAAUAGAUCUCUUGGUUUGAAGAUUGUAAAAUAAUCUAAUGAAUUGGUUCUCAUUUUUAUUUUGGGGGAAUUUGUUCUGGUAUGUACAAGCUACAUGUAAAUUGUGCCUGGUAAUUUAAAUAAUAAAAGCAAAUAUUGACAAUUCA